AUGGAUCAACAACUUAGUGAUGGGGACAUCGUUUGGGUGAAGCUAAGCUAUAGCUGGUGGCCCGGCGAAGUGAUGGGUGAUUCGCGACUGUCGGAAGAUUUCUUGUCCUCACUGCGAAAAAAGCCAUUGGCGGUGGUGAAAUUUUUCCAAGAGGACACCUUCGAAUACGUAAAAAAUCCCAAUUUUAUAUUCAAAUACAAUUGCCCAAGAAAAAAUGAGUUUCUGCGUAAGGGAUUGGAACAAUAUCGUUCCAAGGUGAAGCACAUGGAAACAUUUCCGGCGGAUGUUAUGCACGCUGAACGUAUGACAGGCGGAGACCCGGAUAUCGUAAAUUCAACAGAUUUUCUUCCACAAAAGAAGGAUCGCUAUUCAGGAUUAUUUCAAGACUGUCGCUCGCCUGCUGGUAAAGGAAGAAAUCUGAAAGAAAAACAAAUUAAAACCAUUUCGACUCCUGUUACUCCUGUCUUGGGUCGCAAAACGAUUCAUGAAGUUAGAAUUUUAGCUCAGCCUUCCGGAUCCUUGGACGAUAGUGAGAUAAGAGAUUCGCUCACUCCAGAAAAUGUUUCUUUAACCGGUACACAGUCAUUGUCGGUUUCACCGGGACAAGUGUAUCAUUGUUACAAAUGUAAUAACUACAGUGCCAAUCGUCAAAAUUUGAUCAUGCUGCAUAUAAAACAUUGUCGAGCUAGUUAUGCAUCAUCAUCAACCACAGCGCGCCCAUUGGCACCGACGAAGCAUAUUUCGCAGACGCGGGUUGAUUUGGAGGACACUGUCGAGGAGGAAAUCGAAGAACAGGAUUUUAAGAAAACCCCUGAAAAACAAUUAAUACGAACUUUGGGUAAAGCGAAAAUAGUGGAAACGCCAAACCCUCAGAACGAAGCAGUUUCUAGUGAAAAACGGACUAGGAGCGGUCGGAAAGCCGCUGAAUCAGUACAGCAGAAAAAGAUUGUCGGACGUCGUCGCAACACUCGUGGUAAAAUGGAAAGCGAGCAUACUUCCUUAAUCGAACCCGACGAGGAGGUGGCUUUACGAUCGUUUGAAACUUAUGGUCAAGAAGAACCUGAUAAAGACGAAAGAGUAAUGCAAGGAGUGCAAUCAGAAAACGAAAAUGCUCACGCAAUCCAACGAGAAUCAAAUCCUAUUGGCGGUAAAAAGAAGACAGAUGCAAAGCUCAAAAAUGAGCUGCUGGCAGAUUGGAGUGAAGAUGAGCAGGAAGAUGACCAGGGCGAAGGUUUUGAUUCUUUUAAUGAGAAAAUUGCAGAAAACACAUUUAAAGGUGAUAAAAAAGCUCCACCAAAUGAUGCGCACUUAAAGUCGGUUGAUAAAAUGAGUACCAAAAAACUGCAAAAAGAUUCAAAGCAACCACGCAUCAAAUCACCGGUGUCAAACAAAAGAGCUAUUUCGAAAACUGAUACCAGAAACGAUAACGCACAUUGUGGCUUAGAGGAAGGCGCCGGUAAAGAAAUGGACAACUCUCAGGAGCGCCCGCUUGAUACAUCAACAAAUGUUGCCACAGGUGCUGUCAAUAUACCGGUUUCUUCUACUACCACCCCGGUCGUAUCUCCUUACGCGACUAUCAAGUACAGAAAUAUUCCCAAAAAGCAAAAACGAGAAUUUAUCGAGGUCACUAACGAUGACGCACUUUUGCAAGAAAAGCAUUCGGUACCUUCACGGGAAGGAAGCACGACCAGCAGCUCUUCGACGACGGGUUCCAACGAGUCUUGCACUGGAAACACUGCGUCAUCCAAUGGGACGUCGGCUCCCGUGUCGGUCUCUGAGCGUCCGAUCAGUGCCAAGCAGCUAAUUCUGAAUCGCGCCACUCGUGGUUCAAGUAAAUCACCAAGUGGUGAUGAGAAUAUUCUUUCAACAACGAUUGCAUCAACGAGUGCGGACGUUGGAAGCCUUCGGGCGAAUGAGGAAAAAAUGAUGGAGGAACAAAAAUCUCAACCGGAUGACGGAAGCAAAGGUGAAGAGCUCUCCUGUUUCGAUUUCAACGAUGAAGAGGAAGAACGGAAACAGAAAACAAUCCAACCAGCCGUCACUACUACACCGCCAGCUCUGAUGGAUAGAAAGCAAGAACAAAAUAACCUCCAUCAGAAGUCCUCCACAGAUUCGGCCGAAAAGUCACAAGAGGUUGAUCGAGACGCACUGUUAAGCCAGGAGAUAGAUUCGCUGUUGUGCGAAACAGACGUUCCAAAAUUGCCGGAAGAUUUGAACGACGUCGUGGAUAACACUACGGAUAAAAUAGAUUCUAACCGUACUCUACCACCGAAGGAGCGUGGCAAGCGCAUUUUCAAAACGCGUAACAAAACGGGGACAGCUUCAUUUUCUUUGGAAGCUCACGACGAGUCUGUUAGUGAACAGAUGACAGAAAUGGAGAAACAGACGGAAAAGACGAACUCCAAAACAGAUUUGACUCAAGAGGAGCAAAAGCCCUCUGGUUCCACUACGGUGGCAAACAACACUGAAACAAAAGACAAGCCACUGAAUUUGCCAGAGGAAGCUAAGAAAACGGAAGAGUCUCUUCAAAAGCAGGACGAUGCUCAAAAUCCCGCCGUUACUUCUUCAGCAAUGACAGACGAGGUAGUGUCCGAACAGCAAGAAGCCGCUAAAGAAGAAGUGAUGAAAAAGCGAAAAUCCGACGAACUAUUGCUUCCCGAUAGCAGCGGCAAUGGCGACCAACCACCGCGUCGUCGUGGUAAGCUGAAAUCUUCGGUAUCUGAUAAACACAACCACCCAUCACAGACACAUCCGGCGGUCGAAGGACGCGAAUGGGCACGCAAAACAAAACGAGUCCGUCGGGAUGUGUCGGCUUCAGAUAACGUAGCCAGAGCUGUUAUUGAUACCAGUGGCGAAAGAAUCCCAACGACAGUAGAAAAGCGUGCCAGCUCUACGGACAUGGGUGACUUGACAUCUCAAGACGCGCUAAUGCAGAGAUCACAAGAGAGCGAUACACAACAGUUAGCGAAACAUGCUACCGAAUCUACGAGGAAGCCUUCGAAAUCGAAGCGAGAUGAAUCCAGCUCUAAGGCAUCCAAGGCGCCUACUCCAACCGAUUUGCAAAUAGCAGAAGCUCUAAUCAAUCUUCCGGCUGCCUCAACUUCACUUUCAGUAAGCAGCAGUUUAGGUAAGGUCGAAGAAUUUAAAACAACCAAUGAACCUUCGAAAAAAGUCCAAGGCAGCCGUGGUUCGCUUGACGUAAUUCCUAGUUCCUCCACACCAACAGCAGUGGUGAAUGUAGUUGUUCCCCAAAACAGCACGAACAGUGCUGCGAAAAGCAUUAAUCCUCGAAAACGGCAUCUUCAGUCCAUGAUUCUUUCGUCGGAGAUACCAAUCACCACAGCGAAACAGGAGGAUGCGUGUUCGGGUGUGGUUAUUGAGCCUACAUUAACAUCUGCAGCAAAAAAGACGGAGGUCGUAACUGGAACACCGUUGGUGGUUAUAGAGCAAGACACUCUUCUAUCCAUUCCAGAAAAGAUUAAACGAUGUGAAGCGGUUAAGAGUUCAGGGCCGAUAGUGCCCGAGGUGCCGAAGGAACCGAAAUCGUCGUCAACGAUGUUGGCAGAAGAGGACGGAAAGUUCGACAUCGACAGCAUGCCGAUCGUCAUGGGUGACAAUGGGAUAUUGGUGCAAGAGAUGGCGCCUUCCGGUUCCUCCGCCAUCGUUACAGGUCUGGUUGGUGUGAAUGGAGCCGAUAAACUGGCCCCGGUGCAAUCAACAGUGAAGCUCGAGAUGCUCCACGCGACGUCCUCGAAGGAUAAGCGUCCGACGACGGUGGCGACUGUGAAAGGGGGCAAUGCAUCCAACGAGCAAAUUGUGAUAACGAGCAAGGGAACAAUUUUGACCACCUCUACGGCGAACACCGACGUCACCGUCAAACUACCUUCAGCGUCCAAGUCGGCGGUGAACGUGACGAGUGCCAUUACGCUGGCUACCACUUGUCGCAUUGCUAGCUCGCCGGGAAACAUUGCCACAACGCUAUCGGCGAACGGUCCUCAACUAGAAUCGCCAUCGGCUUCAGCCCCGCCGCGUCCCGUCGAUACUCCGCAACCGGUUGCACCAAAGAUAAUUAUUACCAAGGCGCUGCUGCCUCCUCCUGGUAACGGUGCCUCAGGCAUUUGUCGCAAUUCCGGUGAUGAUAACGGGAUCUCCGUGUCCUCGUCGUCUAGCGAUAUCAAUGCAGGUAGCAGCGGCAAGAAAAGUCACCGCGUGAUAAAGCUAUCACCGCAGAAGUUGUUGGAGUUUAAUCGACUUGGAUAUAUUGAGGAUCGGGGCAAAGGAAAGGUGUUAACUGCGAGCGGAAUGCGCCAGAUGUUGCAGCAGCAGCAGCAGCAGCAGCAACAGCAGCAACAACAACAGCAACAGAUUGAGCUGCAACCGAAAAAGAAAUCAAAGCCAAUAUCUGCAAAGCUCGUUACGACAACGGUUGGUGACGGUGACGUUACAGUUGGUACCUCCUACAGUGAUCGAUCCUCGACGUUGAAGGAGGCGGCUCCAUCGGGUGGUAAUGUUGUGGUCGCGGCCGCAGCAGACUCAUCCGUGCAGGAAAUGUCUAUAGCAAAAGAAAGUGUGACUGAUACGGAUGAAGCGGAGAGCGUCCCAAGUGCUGCCUUGAUCGUUGAGCAGAAAGUAGAUCCCGAGUUGGAACAACCCGCACCGUCGUCGAUAGUCGGAUCGUCAGGGACAGCAGGGGCUGGUUCCAUAAAAUCUCUCACCAGCAGUGGAAAUGGUGUGGAAAAUGCUGAGGUGAUCCUCAGUUCGACUGAGCUAUCCGCUGUCGGUGGCUCGUUAGCGGAGGCUAGCAGCAGUAGCGGUGGACCCGCGAAUACCUCCGGAGCUGGUGUUCAGGAAUCCCCCCAGCUAAUCGCGGUACCGGCGGAAAACUUUGGCGGCCCUGCCAAUCUGUUCUAUCUGUGUUCUGUGCGUGAUGAGAGUCUCGUGCCGGUCAAUAACGAGCUGCUUUACCUAGAUGCUUCAAACCAACUGGUGGCUCUACCGGAGAACCAUCAGUUACACCCGUCGCAACAGCACCUGCAGCAACAGACCCAGCAGCAGGUUUCGCAGGGAGAUCAGCAAGUGGUCGGUGCUCUGACGGAAGAUAUCAUCCAUCAGUCGGAAGUAAUACUGCCCACCGGAUCGAACGGUGCGGAGAUGUCCUGUGAAACUUCUGGUGAUGGAGGUGGUGCGGCAACCAUCGUCGAUGCUUCUGCUGAGGUGAUGAGCGGUGAUGGAACGCAACAGGGAUUUUUGCUCAACACUCAGGACGGACAGCAUAUCAUUCUCGAUCAACAGAGCCUCAUCGCGCUGGCUGCUGGUGGAGAUGCACCGCACAUUCUUACCGCUGAUGGGCAACAGAUACUUCUGCAAGAAACGGCACAAGAGUGGCUGGCCGCAUUGUCCGCAAGCCAACAACAGCAACAGCAAGGUGGCGGCAGAGGCGGCGUCGGGACAGUCAGCACUUUGGUAACGCCCGAAGGCACUCAGAUUAUCCUGACGCACGAGCACGCAGGAUUGAUUGAACUACAAGAACAUCCAGCCCUCCUGUCGACAGAGAUUAUCCAAGUCAAUCCCAGCACCACGAUCGAGACAAACGCGGUGCUGACGAAGCCUCCGAUCAUGUCGACGGUUGAAGUGCCGACUAAGAACGGCAUCGAAGCUACGGUUCAGCGGGGUCAUGACAGAAAGGCCGGCUCGCUUGUCCUGCCGUCCUCCCGGUGUGCGGUGUCCGCAUCGGCAAGAUCACAGGCCGGCUCGUCAGCCGCUUCAGCGAGUGGAACCGGGUCGAAUCUCGACGAAACGUUGGCCGCCGUCAUUGGACACGUACCAAGCAACCCGCACGUACCGACAUCGCUCGAGCUACCAAUAACGGUCACUAACCCGGUGAUCGCAAAAACCACCACCGCGAAUAGCAAGCUGAAUCCGGUGCUGUUUCCGCUCACUACGACGGCCACGACCGUAUCCUCUCCGUCGGACGCUGUGCCGUCUUCCGCGACCGUCGUUCUGGUGUCUGGCGAAACAUCCGCCCAAGGUACGAUUGAUGGUGUUCCCUCUCCCCCAGUCCCAGUAGAUCGCUCUUCCUCUGGUUCCAAAGGUGGCGUUGCUGCUGGUCAGUCGGCCGCUGAAGCGGUGGUGAUCAAGGAAAAGAUUGCGCCGGGAGCUCUUACAGACGAUGGUGUAGAUGAGGACGACAUCCAGAUACCCAAUACACCGGAACCGCGCGACGGCUGCGAACGACCGGAGCAACGGGCAGAGGACGCUGACACCGUUGAUUAUGAUGGGCAUGACAUCGAUGGCAAUCAUUUACUCGCGAUUGGCGAUGACUCGAACAGCAGCGAAAUCAUCCCGAUACAACCGAACGUGGUCGUAUUGGAUGGGGGGCUGAUGCUGAAUAGUGCCGAAGACGACGGCAUCGACGAUGAAAUGGACAACGAAAACGAUAGCGAAGACGAUGUGGCAGAUCACAGACUCUUCCGUGGAGGGAACGAUCCCGACAACGAUCGGACCGCAAAUGCCGGAUCUCACGAGCAGCAGCAGUACCGGUCGCGGAACGCAACCUCAAAUGGCGGACAGCGGGAGACACUCGCCAUUGGCGAGCGGCACAGCAACAGUAGCAAUAAUGACAGCGGUAUUGAUACCAGCAUGGCCGCUGCCGCAUGUGAAACAGCGCUUUCCUCGGUCGGUGAUGGCGCAGCUGGACGAUCAAUUGUCGAGAGAUAG